ACGCUUUAAUUGCAAAUUAUAUGAAUGUGGGAUCUGGCGGUAAACAACCAAUAAUAAGAGAUACCAUUUUUAAUGGUCAAAUUCGAAUUAUAAACUUUUCUGGUAAUUAUUUAAAUUCUUCUUCACUUUGUGGUAAAUCAAAAGGAAUGAGACAAAUUUUAUAUGAAUGCAAUUUAUUAACACUCAAUUUAAAAGGAUUAUGUCAAAAUAAGAAUUCAGAAGAAAAUAAUUGCUGUAUGAAAAAUAUUUUAGAAAAACAACCAGAUUUUGUUGCUCAAAAAUGUUUAAUUCAAGAACCAAUAGAAGUAAAAGGGCACAAAAUUAUUUUUUAUCCCAAAUUUCAUUAUGAACUUAAUUAUAUUGGAAGUAAAGAUACCUAUUGUAAUUAUUUACAGGAGUUGCAACUAGUUGCAACUAAUUGUGAUUACACUUGGAAAGAUGCUUACAAAAAUGGAUUAAAUGCAAAACAAGCUAUAAAAAAAAAUAUAAAAGAUAUUAUGCAUGUGUUUGUUGUAUUUGUUUAUUAUUUGAUAAAUAACAAAGUUGAAUUUGGAUUUAAAGAUUGUAAUGGUGAUUUAACCUCAAUGAAAUACGCACUUUGUGUUAUUAUUAAAUAUAAAACCACUGAAAUAUUUCCAAACG